CUUUCCACUUCUUUCCUCAUCAGUCAUCUGAUCAUCUUCAUCCUUGCUUUGUCUCUUGGCAUUCUCUCUCAGCUCUCACUAACAGAUAUGUCGAAUAAAGGUGAACAUGAUAAAGUUAUUGAACCUGAGAUGAGGCAGAAGGAGGUUGAGUCUGAAAGUGACGAUAACAGUGAUGAUAUAUACUCUGAUGAGGAUGAUUGUCAUGAAUUUAAUGCCAUGAAAGCCAUUUCUAAUGUUGCCAAAUUUGUAUGCUCUACAGAAGUUGAUCCUCGUAUUGUCUCGAGUGAUUCUUUUACAGGGUUCAUGAAGUUACUUAAUCCUCACUUUGAGCUUGAUUAUACUGCUGUUCAGGCUGAGUGUGUGGCAAUUUUUCUGAAAGAGAAAUCGAAAAUCAUGGAAAUUUUGGGGAAUUUCGAUGGGGAGAUUAGUGUUUCUGUUCGCGAAAUGGGAAUGACGAAAAGCUUUGUGCUCGUUUCAUUACAUUUCAUUGAUGAAAAUUGGAGUUUGAAGAAUUGGGUAAUCAAGUUUUGUUCGCUUGUGAAACCGAGUUUUGUUUCACCUUGUGAUGUCAUUGUUGAGUCCUUGAAAGAUUGGAGCAUUAAGAACAAAGUUUCUACAGUUACAAUGAGCUCUUUUUUUGAUGAUGAUGCAUUUGAUUUCAUCAAAGAACAUGGUUUAGAAGAUAAGAAACUCUCAUUGAAUGGUGACCUGUUUCGAGUUUAUUGUUGCAGUGACUGUAUUAGCUCAAUGGUUCAGAAUGCAUUUGAAGAAGUAGAAGGCAUUACAGACAAGAUAAGAUGCCUUUAUAAUCCAAAGUCAGAACCUUUAUGGUACCUCACAAGCUCUAAACUGAAAGAUGCUAUUGAGUUAUGGUCUAUGGGGGAGUUCUCUUCUGAAAAUGUAACAGAUUAUUCUGAUGUACCAACUGUUGAGGAAUGGAAUCGAGUUGAACAAGUAUGCAACAUUGUGGAGAGCAUUUACAAAGUGGCUUAUGGGAUAUUCCAUAAGGAACUUGUCACUGCUAAUCACUUCCUUUAUCUUCUUAACGAGAUUCGAGCAAUUCUGGUUCCAAUUUCCAUAAAACCUGAGAGUUUUGAAAGAGAUAUAGCUAAGGGAAUGUUGGAGCACCUUGACAAGUACUUGAAAGACAUGUUCUUGGUCUUGGCAAUAGCUGCAGUGCUCGACCCUCGGUUUAAAAUGAAGUAUGUAGAGUUUACUUGCUCACAACUUUGGGGUAGUAGUGUUAGUAAUGGUACUGAUGAUGGUAUUUCAAAGGCUAAGACUUUUUCAGAUGCCAUUCGCGACUUGUUUGAUGAUUAUGUGAGUCGGUACUCUAAGACUGUUAGCUCAUCUUCUUCGAGUUUGAUGCAAGGAUACAAGCAGUUCAUCAAAUCUCAGAAAUGUGAUACGAAAUCUGAACUGGAUUUGUACUUGGAACAACCAAUUAUGCCUUGGAGUGAUGAUUUUAGUGUCUUAAAUUGGUGGAAGACCUUAAGUAUGCAGUACCCUAUACUUUCUAAGAUGGCUCGUGAUAUUUUGGCUAUACCAAUGUCUCUUACUACCUCAUAUGAAGCGUUUUACACUGAACCAAGGCCUGUGCAGAAAUAUUUACGUGUGAACUCAAAGAUGGCGAAUGCCUUGGUUUGUACUCGAAGUUGGUUCAGAAAGGAUUCAACCACGACGAGUCCUUAACUGGCUUGAGUAAAAUUCCUUUCUUUUCAUGAUGCUUUUUUUGCUCUUUAAUUGUUAGUUACUUUUUCUACUUUAUGUCCAACAGGUACUUUUGGUCUCUUUUUAAGAACGAGUUAGAAAAGUAUGUUAUUAUUA